GCAAUAAAAGUCCCUCUGAUGGUAAUGUACAUGGCCACCAUUUCUUUCGAACGAAGUCAAGCCCGUACAGAGCUCUUAUUUUGAAAGCAAAGAGGCCGGCACAAUGCUUAGUCAUGGUGAGUUACAGCUUCGCACCCCUCCUCCCUCUGUGUCGCACAGCUCGGUAAUCAGCGAUGGAGCAAUAGACGGCCAGCCCACAUCUCAGCUCAGCCGGUGUCUGUCUCACCAACACAACGGUGUGAAUCAACAGCUCGUCAGUCAAACCUCAAAGACCAUUCAGAGCUUUAGAAAAGGAUCCAACUCAUUUUCUAUUUAAUUCUUUUGCAUUUAUGAUGGCUUUCUAAUUUGUGACAUUUUUGCAGUUUUAGACACGUAUCUUAUAUAUUUUGAAAUAUACCUGUUAACCCAAAUAUUUGAAAAUGUAAAAAAAAAAACCUCGCACUUAAGAAAGAAAUUAAUUUCAACAUUUAGAGCCUGUUUUUAGACCUCUGCACAACUCUGCUGCAGGGUUAACCCAGAGAAGGUCACAUUCUGGUUAUGUUGGGCCUACAGCAUGUUAGACUGCACCUUGUGGCUGCCACAGGAAUAUCUAGUAAUGCCAGAAUAAGCAGAAUGGUCUGAAUGCACUGCUAACCAGGCAAACCGAUUAGUUUAAAAAUGAAUCUUCUGUAAAGGUUAUAUCUCUCCCAAAGACUGCAAGACCAAGUAGAGCCUUCAUUUUUUUUUUCACCAUGCCUGUAUGUGGUGCAGGGAUGUCCCACAACAGUGUCCGCUGUUCAUGAGAACAAGUCCAAGAAGGCGGUGAAUUGGUAGGAAAUGACAGAGUGCUUAACGGAAUGCAAAGCGCUGGUGACUCCAUCGACGCACAAUGGCCACCGCGUCUUCAGCUACACAUUAGAGAGUCACACCGCAGCUGCUUUUGCCAUCAUGAACGAGCUGCGACUAGAACGUCAGCUGUGUGACGUCACACUGCGUGUGCGCUACAAAGACCUGGAGGCAGUUGACUUUGUGGCUCACAAGGUGGUGCUGGCCUCCUCCUCCCCGGUCUUCAGGGCCAUGUUUACCAACGGUCUGAAGGAAUGUGGUAUGGAGUUGGUGCCCAUCGAGGGAAUUCACCCCAGGGUUAUGGACAGACUGAUAGAAUUCGCCUACACAGCCAGCAUCUCUGUGGGGGAAAAGUGUGUGAUCCAUGUGAUGAAUGGUGCCGUCAUGUAUCAGAUUGACAGCGUAGUAAAGGCCUGUUGUGACUUCCUGGUCCAGCAGCUUGACCCAAGCAAUGCUAUCGGCAUUGCCAGCUUCGCUGAGCAGAUUGGCUGCACAGAGCUUCACCAGAAGGCCCGAGAGUACAUCUACAUGAACUUCAGCCAGGUGUCAACCCAAGAGGAGUUCUUUAAUUUAUCCCACUGUCAGUUGGUCACCCUAAUUAGCCGUGACGAGCUUAAUGUGCGCUGUGAGUCCGAAGUCUUCCAGGCAUGCGUGGCUUGGGUGCGUUACGACAGAGAGAACCGGCGACCAUACGUGCAGGCCUUGCUGAAGGCUGUUCGUUGUCAUUCCCUCACCCCCAACUUCCUGCAGACUCAGCUUCAGUCUCUGGACUUGGACCCACAGUGUAAAGACUACCUGGCCCAGAUAUUCCAGGACCUCACCCUCCACAAGCCAACUAAAGUAAUUUCUUGCCGAACGCCCAAGGUGCCACAGCUCAUCUACACAGCGGGGGGUUAUUUCCGUCAGUCUCUCAGCUACCUGGAGGCCUACAAUCCCUGUUCGGGAACCUGGUUGAGACUGGCCGACCUGCAGGUGCCCCGCAGUGGCCUGGCAGCCUGUGUGAUUAGUGGGUUAUUGUAUGCUGUAGGCGGGAGAAACAAUGCUCCUGAUGGCAACAUGGACUCGAAUGCACUCGACUGCUACAACCCUAUGAACAACUGCUGGUUGCCAUGCUCCCCGAUGAGCGUGCCCAGGAACCGAAUUGGAGUUGCCGUCAUUGAUGGGAUGAUUUAUGCAGUCGGUGGAUCACAUGGGUGCAUUCAUCAUGAUAGCGUAGAAAGGUACGAUCCAGAGAGGGAUCAGUGGCAGCUGGUAGCCCCCAUGCUGACACAGCGUAUAGGUGUUGGUGUGACUGUCAUCAACCGGCUGCUGUACGCUGUAGGAGGUUUUGAUGGUACCAACCGCCUGAACUCCUGUGAGUGCUACAACCCAGACAGGGACGAGUGGAUAACCAUGGCCCCCAUGAACACCGUGCGCUCCGGAGCAGGGGUGUGUUCUUUGGGCAAUCACAUCUACGUAGUGGGAGGCUACGAUGGCACCAACCAGCUGAACACAGUGGAGUGUUACGAUGUGGAAACUGAUACCUGGAGAUUCGCCGCCUCCAUGAGGCAUCGACGCAGCGCCCUAGGAGUCACCGCUUUACACGGGCGCAUCUAUGUUUUGGGUGGGUAUGAUGGCAACACGUUCCUGGACAGUGUGGAGUGCUACGACCCAGAAAGUGACGUGUGGUCAGAAGUGACACGCAUGACCUCAGGGCGGAGUGGGGUGGGCGUGGCCAUCACCAUGGAGCCAUGCCAGAGAGAUCAACCACAGUGUCAAAUGUCUGAG